AUGUCAUCUAGUCCGCAUGGCGGACCACCGGAAUCGGGUUCCGCCAGUCCGGCCGGUAUCAGAAUUCAGCGACGUGCGAACGCUAUGGAGCAACCGCUAGGACCGCCACCAUCGGUUCCCGAAGACCAGUCUGCCUCGCAGUCAAACACACUGACACGCACCGCGGGCACACUAAGCACCUUGAAGCGAGAACGAGCGAGAGAACGCGAGCGGCAACAACGUGAACUGAAUAUUCUUGCUGACUUGGAGAAGAAGGAAGAGCAAAGCAGGAAGCAAGAGAAGGCUGACGCUGCCGAUUCUGGCAAGCAACGAAAAUCGCCCACACACCCUCCUUUGAAGGAGAGGACCAGUUACGUGGAGGAACCGCACUCGAACGCGACAACGUUGGAGCGAAAAGAGCGCAAAAUGGAGAAAGAGCAGGCAUUGGUGCGGCGAAUCACCAACGACAUGCAAAUCGCGCACUAUGUCCGUCAAAUGGAAAUGGCUCGAUCGCAUGGGAAACGGCAUCGCGGUGAAAACACUAACCUUGUUCAACUCGGUGAUCUAUCGGCAUCUGCAUUACGUUUUGUCGAAGCGGACUCGCGUGCCCUGUGUAUCUGGGCCAAAGCAUGGCAAACCAACAAACGCUAUCGUGUAGACCAGUCAUUCUUUAAACCUAGAUACACCUUUAAAACUGAUACAAGGGUUGCAAGGGAUACAAUCCUGCGUAAGGACGCUGUACUGGCCUAUUCAGCUUUGAAAAAACGACUCGAUAACUUUCCUAUUGGGAAUCGAGAGGUGCCAUCCGCCAUCAGUUUC